AUGAGACCCAUCCUCCUUGCCGGGCACGAGCGUGCUCUCACCCAGAUCAAAUACAACCUCGACGGCGACCUCAUCUUCUCCGUCGCAAAGGACCAGCAGAUCUGCGUCUGGUUCUCCCACAAUGGCGAGCGCCUAGGCACCUACCACGGCCACGUCGGCGCCAUCUGGACCGUCGACGUCGACCCGACUUCCACCUACAUCGCCUCCGGCUCGGCCGACAACACCAUCCGCAUGUGGGAGGUCAAGACGGGCAAGUGCCUCAAGACCUGGGAGUUCCCCACCGCCGUCAAGCGCGUCGAGUUCAACGAGGACGGCACCAAGCUGCUGGGCGUCACCGAGAAGCGCAUGGGCUACCUCAGCAACAUCGUCGUCAUCGACAUCAACCCGGACAUCACCGCCGAGCAGACCGACGAGAAGUCCCUGACCAUUGUCUGCGACGAGAGCAAGGCCACCGUCGCCGGCUGGAGCAACGCCAGCAAGUACAUCAUUGCCGGCCACGAGGACGGCAGCGUCAGCCAGUACGACGCUAAGACCGGCGAGCUGCUCGACAACGUCCCCAUCCACGAGCUCGACAAGCCCAUCGUCGACCUGCAGUGGUCACCCGACAGGACCUACUUCAUCACUGCUUGCCGAGACAAGACCGCCAAGCUCAUCUCUGCUCGCGACCUCGCCACCCUCAAGACAUACGUGGCCGACACGCCCCUCAACAGCGCCACAAUCUGCCCCAAGAAGGACUUCGUCAUCCUGGGAGGUGGUCAGGCCGCCAUGGAAGUCACCACCACCUCCAACCGCCAGGGUCGAUUCGAGGCCCGCUUCUACCACAAGAUCUUCGAAGACGAAAUCGGCCGUGUCCGCGGCCACUUCGGUCCCCUCAACACCGUCGCCGCCGAUCCCACCGGCCGCAGCUACGCCAGCGGAGGAGAGGACGGUUACGUCCGUGUUCACCACUUCGACAAGGGCUACUUUGACUUCAACUACGAGGUGGAGAGGGAGCGGAUGAACCGAGCGCAGCAGUAA